GGUAAUGGUAAUCCCAUCUCGAAAGUAAUCAGCUGUUGCGUGAAGUAGAAGCAUUUGAUUUUACUAGUGUAAGAGAAAAAUGCAAGAUUUGAGGAACGCCGACACGCUGCGACUGCCAAAUGGCGACGGAGCAGCAGCCAACGACGAGGUCAAGUCGCCGUUUCUAAUCGGCGUCGCCGGCGGAACGGCCAGCGGCAAGUCCACCGUGUGCAAAAAGAUCAUGGAGCAACUUGGGCAGGCGGAAAUGGAUCACACGCAGCGCCAGGUGGUGUCCAUCAGUCAGGACAGCUUCUACCGCGAACUGACGCCCGCCGAGAAGGCCAAGGCCCAGAAGGGCCUCUUCAACUUCGAUCAUCCGGAUGCCUUCAACGAGGAGCUCAUGUACAGCACGCUUCAGAACAUCUUAAAGGGCCACAAAGUGGAGAUACCCAGCUAUGACUACCGCACCAACUCUCUCGACUUUGAAAACGUUCUGGUUAUCUACCCAGCCGACGUGGUCUUGUUCGAGGGCAUCUUGGUAUUUUACUUCCCCAAGAUACGAGAACUGUUCCACAUGAAGCUGUUCGUGGACACAGACUCCGAUACCAGGUUGGCCAGGAGAGUGCCACGUGAUAUCAAUGAGCGUGGUCGGGACUUGGAUGCGGUGCUCACCCAGUAUAUGACCUUCGUAAAGCCGGCUUUCGAGGAGUUCUGCUCGCCCACGAAAAAGUUUGCUGACGUUAUUAUACCACGAGGCGCCGACAACACAGUUGCCAUUGAUCUUAUUGUACACCAUAUCGGGGAGAUUCUCGCCACUACCAACAGCGCACAGCACAGCAACACAGUCAGGGUAGCGGCGUCUAGCAUGAAGCGAGAUCACUAAACGCAAAAAUAAACAACUAGCUUCUGAGGCGGCCAAUUCCUCGUCCUAGCGCCGCGUCUUGAGCUUGUACUAAUUGCCAAAAAAAAAAAACUAAAGUCCAAACGCUUAGGAAUGAUAUAGAAACCCGUGGCGGCGCAGCACACUAAGGCAAAUGUCCAUUAACGAGCGCGGGCAUCGCUUCUCAUUUGGUCUUCUCAUCGUAACCGAUUAACGUAGUCCUAAGAUUGAAAAGUAUCUUUAGUAUCUACUCUUGCAUAUGUUCAACAAUACAUGGUAGUGUGUAUGUAAGCUCGUUUCUGUUCAUCAAGAUAACCCAACCUGCGAUGGCAAUUCCAGUCUAACUUUUAAGUUAAAGCGUUAAAACUUAACCCCGGUGCCCCAAUUGGCUUCUCGCGAGGACUUAAGCACUCUAUCCACCAAACCACACAUGUUACACUUCUAACUAUUGUAUCUAUGUUUAAUGGUGCCCGAUACUUUGAAAACUACUCCUAUCCAUCUCUGGUUUGUGAAUGUUAUUAUAAGCAAUAGCUUUAUUACGUUUUAUAAGCAACAUUUUCUUGAAUAUUUCGUAUAAACUCCUGACUAGAAUACGUUAAUUACUUUGCUAUUAAAUCCCUUUGCUAACUUAAACAUAUUGGAGUUAUAUUUAUCUCAUUCCUUAAACUCACAACUUUUGGUCACAUACAUUUUAGAUGUUUCUAUGAAUUCUUCUUAAGCAAUAUUUAUAUCCUUAUAAAAAGUAAGGGCUAAUAUAAAUUAGAUAUCAUUAGUACCGGGCAUCUUUGAAGUCGGAACCUGCGACUAUAGUGUUAUCAAAACGCGCCCCUUUUAAACACCUUUAUGCAGUCUCAAAUAUAUACAAAUGCAAGGCAGUGAUUAGCCUAUCAAGGCGUGAAGAUAAAUCGGUGUUUCAUUUACUUAACAAUAACCAGAACAUGCCGCCCAGCUUAGAUGCGUUUAGGUAAUAGAUCCCACUAACUAGAGCUAGAAUAAGUCCUGGGCUUAGACUAGACCGCUUGGAUCGGCGGAGCUCGGGAGGAGCAGCGAGUGGCCAUCGAUUUGAUCGUUCAGCAUAUCCGGGACUUCUUAAACAAUCGAUCUCGGCACGGAUCAACCGGAAACAUGGCUCUCUACAUGAAUCUGGAUUUGAAUGCGACGGGUGCCGGUUUCGCGGGCCCAGAUGGAAGUAACCUCGGCACGUACAACGCCAUCCGAAGAUUCUCGACGAUCUGCAAGGAGCUCAACAUGCAGGGCAACUAUUUCUUUGAGACAAAUAAGAACCUGCCGUACCACUAGGAUGGGAUGGCGUGAGAGUUCCCGGAGCAGUACAAGACACGACGCACAUAGGCGAUUGUUAAUUAUCUAACCAAAUAUUGUACCCAUAGACAUAUUUUUUCAGUAAACACAAUUGAUUGUUGAUGAU